AGUGAGUGUGUGAGUGAGAUAGACGGGCUACAUCCCAGUGAGAGUAGCACAGGCUAGAUUCCGGUGAACUGGACGACUGGGGACACAGUGUUGGCACUGAUCUGUUAACUGUACCACAGUUUGGAAAAUUCGCGUAAGCCAUGGCAUCUCAGAAAUCAUCCAGUGACCCUGAAAUGGAAAACAUCAACCCUGGCUUGGAUUUGGUGAGCUUUGAGGGCGUGACACCGUGCUACUCUCCCGAGGAAGAUAUUGUAGUGAGAUACAGGCUUGGAGCUGAGGUUACCCCCACCCCUCAGGACUGGGUGGGGUUAUUCCCAUCAGGCUGGGGCACCACUGAGGACUACCUCACCUACGUCUGGGCCCCACCUACAACCCAAGAAGACAAGUGUGUGGUAACAUUUCCAGCCAAUCAACUGCAGGCGUUGCCAGCCAACAGACGCCACUAUCAGUUCCUGUUCGUAUGUCGCGGUAAUUACGUGGCAGGGGUUAGCCAGAAGUUUCCUUGUCCCUUGUUGGGACGUCAGAUAGACCCCCAAUAACAACUCUUGUCUCUCGCUCUCAGACAACAGCUCCUUCACGAUUGUCAGCUCGAAUGACUCCCUGGACACCCAAGGUUUCGAGGAUGUUGCGGAACUAGUUGAGAAUACGCCCUCGAUAAGCGAAUCUUUUGAGCUUGAUUGUCAAUCGAGCUCAUCACUUCUUCUCUCUCAACUGUUUGCCUUACCUUGUGACCGUGGAACAGAUUCUGAACCAGGGGUCAUCAUCCCAACCAGCAACAACGCCUGUGCACCAGUGACCGAGGAGGUUGACAGCAAGCAAAGUUCCAUUCUCAGGACACAGAAGCUCCCUGCAAGAGUUACUCACGAUACCCGCACCUUAGCUGGCACGUUUAAAGAGACAGAAGGAUUCAAAGAACAGCUUUGCUUUGUACAACAUCCGAUUGUCCAAGAAUACAUUGAGAACCAAGAAAAAUCCUUGGUACCCUAUAUCCCUAUCUACAGUCUUCAGUUUUCCGACAGCCAACCAGUCCUGAAGACAUCGAUGAAAGAUAAAGAUCCAAAGCUAGAUCUUUCCCUGGUUCCAUUCGUGAACUCUCUAAGACGCUCUCGUUCUUGGAUACGAAUGGAAAUGAUGCCUAUGUGUUGUGCCUUGUGCACCAGUGCCCGCUCGCUGAUGGAAGUAUACCGUCGGCAAAUGGCCAUAUGCACCACAGAGAUCAAGCAACUGAAACUGGACGUGGUCUGCCUCAGAAAGGCCCUAGACCUGAAGGAGAACCAAAUUGCGAUACACAAAAGGAGGGAGUUGAAGCACCAGAAAACUGAGGAAACAAUCGAGGAAGUGAUCGUUCAAGUGUCUUGUCUGAAAAACGACAUCAAUAAUCUCCUACUGCAGAAUAGCCUCUUAGAAAACGAGCGAGAUCAGCUUCAGGCUGAGCUGCAAAACUGUCGAAAAGAUCUCGCUGAAUGUCAGAAAAAAUUUUCCACGGCCGAGACCCAGCUAGAUGACGUGUUGUUCAGCUUGUCACUGAAGGGCUAUGGCAGUCUGAUAGACUUCACGGGGAACGAGAUUAACUUGUUAAAAAUUGAUGGAAAGCCCAUGGACUUGGAUGGAUGGCAAUUGUACAAAAAUAAAAGAUGUGGUCGCCUCCUUGCUAUGAUCAACCAUCAAGGGAAGACCAUAAAGAAACUGCGAACCAGCCUAGCGGAGAAGGAAGAGAAUGAGAACAGGCUACAGGCCGAUGUGGACAACAAACAACAGCUCUUAGAGAUGGCGAAAACGCAGGUGGGCUCUUUGAUGGAUGAAGUUAUUGAGUUGAAAGGCAGUCUGUCCUCUUCCGUAAAGCGAGAAGAGGGUCAUCUGAGGCUUCUGGCCAAUAUCGAAGUGGAGAGAAGUCAGGCUAAGUACGAGGCGGAGACAAGGGAGCACCACCUCUUCACUCAGAUACAGGAACUCAAGGACGCUCUGGCAAAGAAGCCCGAAAACAGCGUCAUGGCGUCAACCCAUCGCCUGGUUUCUUCUGGACUUGCCAUAGUUUCCGACGUGUGUCGACCCUCCUGGUGCGCGAGUUUGUGCCCUACCGUUGGGAAACAGCAGCACACCACCACCUCCACUAUUCCUCAACCUCCGGGCGACCAACCCAAGAUUCGAAGCGACUCUAUUUGCUGGGAGAAUGAAGAGCCAGUUGCUAAACAACCAAGAGUCUCCAGUUCCAAAAAAGCCACCAAGCGAUCUCAUAAACAACUCGAACUCGGCGAAAAACCUCAGGCCAAAGGUGUGCAUCAUAGAAAGCGAACCAAUUUCCCGGCCAACUGUCCCGUGUGUGGGAUAUCUUUCAGCUCUGCUAUAGACAAUAGAGUGAUCGAUGAGCACCUGGCAUUCCAUGAUGUGUACAGAGUAUAAGUAUGAUAACAUUACCGUUCCUAGGUCUCCAAGAUUAGAUGAUACACUGUCAACUCUUAUAUUCGGCACAAAUCUAUGUGAAAUUCAUCUUAAUGCAGCUAUAACAGUUAUAUUUUAAGCCAUGCA